GUAUAUUAUUGUACAUUUCCAUAUGGCGCCCUCCCUCUUCGGGGAGAAGUUACUACCGUGCUGCUGGCUUCAGUCAAACCUCCAGAAUCGUGCCUCUACUUCAGUCCAUCUUCUCUGGACAGCCCAGUGUGAAAUAAUAGAAGAGGAAUCUGCUUAUGAUACCUUUGGAAUCCUGUCAUUCGCUAGAUAUUUGAGUUUGAUUUCGUCAUAUUUCUAAAUUCCAAUUUCAAAGUAAAGCUUUUACAGACUAUGAUUCGGGAACGAAUGAAGAACCAGCACCUGCAGGUCCCUACUUAUCUGUAUAUCACGAAAUAAAGUUAUGAUAUAUACACGAUAGACUACAGCCUUAUCUAUGAAAAACAAUAUUUUGGUUUAGAGACACUUCAAAAUGGCUGAGAAAAUUGCAACCAAUCAGCCGCAGCCGAUUGUCAAAAUUGGACACUAUACGCUGGGACAGACACUCGGAGUUGGUACAUUUGGAAAAGUUAAAAUCGGAGAACACGUUUUGACGAAACACAAAGUUGCAGUAAAAAUUCUGAAUCGACAGAAGAUAAAAAGUUUAGAUGUCGUCGGAAAAAUUAGACGAGAAAUCCAAAAUUUAAAGCUAUUUCGACACCCACACAUUAUCAAACUGUACCAGGUUAUUAGCACUCCAACGGACAUAUUCAUGAUUAUGGAGUAUGUGUCAGGCGGCGAGCUAUUCGAUUACAUCGUUAAGCAUGGAAAGUUGAAGGAAUACGAGGCCCGAAGAUUCUUUCAGCAGAUAAUCUCAGGUGUUGAUUACUGCCAUCGGCACAUGAUCGUCCACCGAGAUCUUAAACCUGAGAAUCUAUUGCUCGACCACAAUUUGCAUGUUAAAAUUGCUGAUUUUGGCCUCUCAAAUAUGAUGAUGGAUGGUGAAUUUUUGAGAACAUCUUGUGGCUCACCAAAUUAUGCAGCACCUGAAGUUAUAUCAGGAAAAUUGUACGCUGGUCCAGAGGUUGAUAUCUGGUCGUGUGGAGUUAUUCUAUAUGCAUUGCUUUGUGGUACACUUCCAUUUGACGAUGAACACGUGCCCACAUUAUUUCGAAAAAUUAAAUCUGGGAUAUUUCCAAUUCCCGAGUAUUUGAAUAAAACCGUUGUCAGUCUUUUGUGUCAUAUGCUCCAAGUUGAUCCAAUGAAACGUGCAACAAUAGAGGACAUAAAGAAGCACGAGUGGUUCCAGAAAGAUUUGCCCACUUAUCUAUUCCCAUCUCCAGUAGAACAAGACUCUUCGGUCAUUGAUAUUGACGCUAUUAAUGAAGUGUGUGAGAAAUUCAAUGUCAAAGAAGCUGAGGUACACUCUGCAUUGCUGGCUGGAGAUCCUCACGAUCAAUUGGCAAUCGCUUAUCAUCUCAUCAUUGAUAAUAAGAGGAUUGCGGAUGAGGCUGCUAAGGCUGAGAUUAAGGACUUUUAUGUUGCCUCUAGCCCACCUCCAGUUGCCUUCAGUCCCAGUGAAAAUUCAAGCAGUCCACUGAGACCACAUCCGGAACGAAUCGCACGUAAGGCAUUUCGUGAGAGGCAGGGAUCCCAGCCGACUACGCAGCCAUUACCUCAAGGAGCUCGAGGAACCCCCGUAAAGCGAGCUAAAUGGCAUCUAGGCAUCAGAUCUCAAUCAAAACCAAAUGAUAUCAUGAAUGAAGUUUAUCGUGCUAUGAAAGCUUUGAAUUUCGAAUGGAAAAUUAUAAACGCCUACAGUGUUCGAGUUCGACAACAGAACAAGUUGGCAAAUAGACACAGCAAAAUGUCCCUUCAACUUUAUCAAGUUGAUUACAAAAGCUACCUCCUAGAUUUCAAGUCACUGCCGAAUGAUGAAGCAGAUGAUUUUCUGAAAGUUCUCUUCCGUCUCAAUCGGCUGGCCAUCAUACCAUGGAAUUUUUUGAAAUGUGUGCAGCCCUUAUAACACAGUUGGCUCGUUGACACCAUCCUCGAUAGAUUAACAUUAAUGUCUAUUCCAUUUUAUAAUUUGCCAAAAAAUAGAAUUUGUAGAAUACUUUUCAGUUGUGGGAUUUUCCUCUUGAAGUCGUCUCGUAGGGGCUUUAGCACUGUAAUGUGAUUGUCAUAAUGUACCUCUCUGUCUAUUAUGUGAAUAAAAAAUUUUACUUUACCUCA